AUGACACUUUUGACGUUUGUAGAUGAUGAGUGGGGUCCAGUGGGAAGCUUUAAAUGGUUUGCCACUCAUGGAACGGCUACGAGCCGUACAAAUUCACUGAUUAGUGGUGACAAUAAAGGUACAGCUGCACGAUUUAUGGAGGAUUGGUACCCAGAUGAAUUCGAGAGCACACGUAUCAUUGGCGAACGACAAUUUAGAAAAGCCACACAACUCUUUGAAAGUGCAUCUGAAAAGCUGAAAGGGAAAGUUAAUUAUCGACACACAUACAUUGAUUUUUCCAACCUCUCAGUCACAGUCACAGCUGCUAAUGGGUCUAGUGUCAAAACGUGCCCUGCUGCCAUGGGAUUUGCUUUUGCUGCUGGAACCACUGAUGGACCUGGAGCUUUUGACUUCAAACAGGGAGAUGAGCAGCAAGAGGAUACCAUUCUUGGAAGAUUCUUGAAGAUUAGAAGACAAAUGAUUUGCUUGGAUCUUUGGAAAGAUGAAGACCACUCCGACUUUGUGAAUCCUUGGCUUUACUUUCGAAUUGUUCUUGCCCGUCGUUAUAUUCUGGUUGAGUUUUACGUUUGGAGAUAUGGAUUUGUACUUGGCAGAAAUAAUUGUGAAUUGACACCAAAAUCUAUGCUCAUAAAUCAAUCGGAAGCAAUUGUUAGUGCAAGUGACAAAGGAUGGAAAGGAUAUUUUGAAGGUUCAGUUCACGGUCUUUAA